AUGGCGCGCCGGCCUGCCGCUGCGGUUCUGCUGGCCAUUGCGGUAUGGCUUGCACCGAGGUGCUGGGCGCCUUCGGGACGAGAUGGCCAUGGCCUACAGAGCUCGGGUCCGGGUCGGCGGGCGUUGCUGCUUUCGUUGGGUGCGGCCCAGCCUGCGAUGGCGGAGGAAGCUGCAAACACCUUCAACCUUCGGACCACGGACACGCCAACUGGCGACCCAUACCUCAGCGCAGUCCAAAGUCGGCAGGGAGAUUUCAGCAUCCAGCUGCCGGUUAAUUGGCAGACUGAGUUCAACGACUAUGCCGGGCGGCUGAUAGUCAGCAUGACGCCCGUGGACAUGGAGGCGCUUCGUGCCGGUCAGGAUCCCGACCUGACGGCUGUGCGCUGUGCCCGGCUGCCGCUGCCGGCCUUGCUGCGCAGCGCCAAGUUCAUGCCACGUGAAGGGGACGACCAGCGCAGUGACUGGAAGGAAGUGGCCCUGGGUGGCGUGACCGGCGCAAACAUUGCUGAGUGGAUGAUGCGAGCCGGCCAAGAGGCGCAGAUGGCGCAGGCGGGCUUGCAGAUGCCAGAGAUCAACAUCAGCGUGGUCGAUUACGCAAUCAGCGAUGGACCCGGUGGGAGCUCGGUUCUUUCCUGGCAUGCUGUGAGCGAGCUCCAGUUCACCAGCCCGGGAGUGGCGGCAGACCCCAAUGAGCAAGUGCAAGGCCUAGGAGGCAAAUCGCUGGUGCCUUUGUCAGAAGCCAUCGGACGCCAAGCACCGGGCCCUGCAAACGGUCAGGACUCGCCUCCUCAAGGCACCACUGGCAAAGCUAUCCUGCGCAAGGGCGUCGUCACCUUCGCGCUGGCCUUGUCGCCGGCAGACCACAUCCAGGCAUCCUACAAGGGUCCGCUCGGCAAGCAGUACUUGGACUACAUCGCCGCCUGGCCAAGCGGGAGGGCAGGUGCCAGGCUCCGGUCAAUGAUGAGCUGCGUGGCGAACCUUGCGCCCGACCAGUCUCCGAGUGUUGACGAGGGCGAGGACCCACAAACUGCGGCCGCGGCCGCGGCCGCAGGCUCUUCCGAGGGUCUGCGGGAAGAGAUGGUCAGCCAACUCUUGGACGAAGCCAGGGCCUCUGGCUACGAGGAUGCAAGGCCUCCACAAGCUCCAGACCCGCGGCCGCCGCAACCGCCGCAACUUCCGCAACAGGAGCCUCCAAAGAAGGAGCCCCAAGCGGAGGUGGCACCCGAGGCUCUGUGCCUGCUGGAUCGGGCGGCGGCUCUGGAGGCCGACGGGUCCCAGCCCGUGGCAGCACACUAUCUUCGGAUACACGCGCUGGAGAUGCUGCUCACGGCGAAGCAGCGGGGCCCGACAAAUGCCGAGUCCGACAAACUGCUCUUCGCUACCUUCGAGAAGGCAGAGGAAGCCAAAGCGAAGCUGGACCUUUCGACGGGUGCAGAGCAGCUACGGCAUUUUGCGGUGCAGAACUACGAGCAAGCUGUUUCUGCCGAUGGCGGGCCUGCUGAUGCGAAGCACGCGCGGGAUCUGCUGACCGCUGGCCUUUGCCUGGACGCCUUGGCUCAGUUCGGUGCCGUCGAGCCUGCUCUCAAGGAGAGGGCGCAGUACGCCAAGAGCCGCGCGGGACACCUCCGAAGCUGCUUGCUCCUGCAACGAGCGCCGGAGGCCCCGCAACCACCACAGCAGCCCGCGGCCCCGGCGGCUCCAGCGGUGCCGCCCGUGGUUCCACCGCCGCCUCCAAGGGCUCCUGCCGCGCCGGCUGCGCCGGACCCACCCACAGCCCCCACAGCUCCCUCAGCGGCACCGAAGGCACAGCCGAAGCCUUCGGCGCCGCCGCCCAGCCGGCCAACCGCCGUCGUCCCACAAGCCCAGCCAGCGCCCGCCCCCGCUGCAGGCACCACGCUUUCGGCGUCCAAGCGCCAGGCGGAGGCCCGCAAGAAGGCCGACCAGGCCAUCGCGGCCGUGGCCGCGGGAAGCGACGACAGCGCUCGAGCCCUCAUCCGGGAGGCAAUUGGUCUCCUGCAGGGUCUCUGA